CGUCACCAUGGUUACAACGCCGUGAGCAGGCGGGGUAGGCCUGGUGGUGAAGUAGGCCCCGCCCAACCGGGUUACCAUGGCAGCAGUGGCUGUCCAGCGUGAGGGAGGAUGGAGUCAGGCGCGGCCCAGAGCGGCUUCGAAAUGGAGAUAACCCUGUAAAGCCCAGGCAGCUCCACUGCAACUAGCGUAACUCACCCCCACCUCAAACCCUUAUCUAUUAACCAAAGUAAACCUACACAAAACAUGGCGGAUAACGACAACUCAUCAUCUACAAAGCCCUUUGUCGGGGAGAUCAAAAGUGGGUUGAAACCGUCCAUGAAGAUGAGUAUCACAGGGAUGGUUCAUUCACACCCCAACAGCUUUGUAUUAAGUCUCAUUGGCAACCCUUCAGAACCAGAUACAGAUGUGGGCCUUGAAGUGACUAUUAACUUCCGGGAUCGCUCAGUUAUACGGAAUGCCAAAGUUUCAGGCAAAUGGGGGAAAGAAGAGAAAAACAUACCGUAUUUCCCUUUCACACCAAUGCAGCACUUCAAGAUGGAAAUCCUAUGUGAACACCAGCAGUUCCGCGUUCAAGUGGAUGGACAACGGCUAUUUGAUUUUGCGCAUCGCAUCCAACAACUACAAAAACUAACUGCUUUAAAAAUUACAGGCGACGUUCGACUGACAAAAGUAGUUUAAUCUUAGUAAUAACAGUUCUAAACAGAAGACAACUGAAAACAUGUGGUUCCCCCAGCUUUUAUAAUUCAAGUUAAAGUUUUUUAAAGUCUGCAGACACUGAUCCUGCACCAACCGGUUUUCUGAGUAGGAGAACAAUUUCUUUUUGCAAACAUGGUAAAAGUGUACUUUUAAAAAAAAUUAAAAAUCGGCAACAUAUGUUCAAGACUGUUGUGAUUUCAAGUUUUUCGAAAAUUGAUUUUGACUUUUACAGUGAACCAACCAAUUAGACUAAGUUAGAGCUUCUUCAUUUCUGUAAUUAAAUAUUCCUGAUGUUUUGA